AUGAGUUUGAUGCCAAGUGAUGAAGUAUCUUUAUUAAAUGAUGGUCGUUAUAAAAAUUUUAUUGCUACAUUAGAAAGAGUUCUUAAACAAUUUGAAUACUCAUCUGAAUGGGCUGAUCUUAUAACAAAUCUAGUCAAAGUUAAAAAAGCUAUUGAAAGUUAUCCAAAAUUUCUUUCUAUACCUAAACGUAUAACAUUAUCAAAACGUCUUGCACAAUGUCUUCAUCCAGCAUUACCAUCUGGUGUUCAUUUAAAAACUCUUGAAGUAUAUGAAACAAUAUUUCGUAUGAUUGGAAAACGAAAUUUACAACGUGAUAUUAUUUUAUAUUCAUGUGGUUUAUUUCCAUUAUUACCAGCAGCAGCAUUACCUGUUAAACCUGUUUUAUUAACAUUAUAUGAAACAUAUUUUUUACCAUUAGAUGAUGCACUUAAUCCAAUUUUAACUGGUUUUUUACUUGGAUUAUUUCCAGCAUUAGAAGAAGGUGCAGAUUAUUAUGAUAGAAUAUAUACAUUACUUGAUAAUCUUUCAAAUCGAAUUGAUAAAUUUUAUUUUUAUACAUGUAUAUGGUCAGCUAUACAUUUAGUUGCAUCUGCAAGACAUUCAGCAUUAACAUUUAUAUUAAAUCAUUUUGAUAAAAAAAAAACUAUGGAAGAUCAACUUUAUUUAAUGGGUUCAUCUGUUGAAACAAUGGUAUCGGCUGUAUGUACAUGUCUUCAAGAUCGUGAACAAUCAUUAGUUCAACGUUCUAUACUUGAUUUUCUUCUUAUAUGUUUACCAAUGCAUAAUAAACAAUUAACUAAAAUUGAUAUGAUGAAAAUAAUAACUGUUGGAUUACAUGUAUUAUUAAAACGUGAUAUGUCAUUAAAUCGACGUAUAUAUGCAUGGUUUCUUGGUACGGAACAAUUACCAAUUGAUAAUAGAAAUCAACAACAACAUAUAAGUGAAAUACAUGCAUCAACAACGUCAUUAACUAUAACAAAUGAUCCAUUUGAUUCAUCAUCAUAUUUUAUUCAAUAUACUAAAGAAAAUUUAAUACAAUCAAUAUUACAUGCACUUGAAACAAUAUCUUCAAAUACAUUAUCAACAACAGGAAAAUCUAAACCAACCACGCCAGAUGAAAAUAGUGCAUUAGUAACAACUAUUGCUGAGUCAAUGCCAUCGACUUGGACAUUAAUGAAAUUAAUUCGUGUUCUUAUUAUUCUCGUUGAUAAACCAGAUGUUGGUCCAAAUAUUCUUGAAUCUGUUUUAAUGAGUUAUUUAUUAAUUGUUUAUCAACAAAUCUAUUUACCAGCUAAACAAUUAACAUCAAUAAAUGUUCAACAAGAAAAUCAUCGUUCUGAAACGUUAAAAACUUUAAAUAUGCUUCUUGAUACAUUUGAACCAUAUUUUAUAUGGGAAUUUUUAACAAAAAAUUUCGAUAUUAUUAUAACUGAACAACAAGAUCAAAUAAUUAUAACAGCCGGAACAACAAUUGAACAAUUAUGUGGAAUAAUAAAUAUGUUACUUGAUAUUGCUUCAUUAGAUUCAUCAACUGAUAUACAAUCUGAACAUUUACCUGAAAUGCUUUAUCAUUUUAUAAAAACAAUGAAUAAUAAUAUAAAUAAAUUUACAGCUGAUCAAAUAACAUUAUGUGUUGAAGUUUUAUUAAAAAUUUUAAAAAAAGUUGUACCAACAAAUACAACACAUCGUUUAUCAAUAUUUCAUCGUUCAACAAGUGAUGAUAUUCUAUCAUUAACCGAACAAAAUCAACCAAUAGAUAAUAUAUUUGAUGAAAAUUUAACUGAUAGUGAAACAGAUGAUGAUGAUGAUGGUGAUGAUGAUGAUAUAAGUCCUGAACAAAUAUUUUAUACUGAUAAUGAAUAUUUAACUGAUACAAAUAAUCAAUUAACACCAACAAAUAGUACAAAUCAAUUACAAGAAUCAAUUAUAAUAAAUGAACAACAAUCUUUAAAUGAUAUUGAACGUCUUCUUCGUCAUAUGGUACGUAAAGUUGAAAAACAAAUUAAUAAAUUAAAUAAUGAAAAUAAAAAACUUUUAAAUGAACAACAAACAACAACAUUAUUAACAAAAACAAUGUUACAAUCAAUGAAUCAUUUAGAAAAAUCUAUUACAUUAUAUAAAAUAUUUUUUCAUCGUUUUAUAAUAACAUUUUUAAUUGAUAAUAAUAAAAUAACAAUGUAUGAAAAAUUUCAAAAUAUUUAUUCCAUAACACAAAAAAAAACCAAUGAAAAUAUUUUAGCACUUUUUAAUCAUUAUCAAACACAAAAUGAAUUUCAAUUAAAAUUAAAUGAUAAUGUCGAUUAUUAUAAACGUGCAUUUGAUGAUUGUUGUAAAUUACUUAUUGAAUUUUGUUGUUUUCAAAGACAAUCAUCGAUAACAGAUCAAUCAACAUUAUCAAAAGGUAAAAAUGAUUUUGAUGAUUGGUCAAUUGAUUUAUGUGUAUUAUCCGUUUGUGAAAGUGGUCAUUUUUUUAUUCAAACAAUUGCAAUAUCUGUUUUAAUUGAAUUACUUGGUUAUACAUUAUAUCUUUGUAAUCCAAAAUCUGAUAAUGAUUCAAAUGAAAUUUUGACAGGAACAAAUUUAACAUUACCAGAUAAUAUAUCAAUAAUACCGUCAUUUAAUCAAGAGCAAGUAUCAUUACUUAUAAAUGAAACACUCUUUUUUCAACAUAUAACUGCUUAUUUAUGGGAACAUUUAAGUGAUAAAUAUGAACGACAAUAUAAUUUAAAAGCAUCACGUUUAUUAUCAAUGCUUCAUUCUAUGUUACCAAAUGGUGAUUGUGAAGAUUUAAUAUGUAAUCAAUUAUCUUUAACACAUAUACAACAAUAUGAAAAUGAAGCAAUUAUAAUUGAUGCAUAUAAACGUUUUUUUAAAUUAUGGAAUUCUACUCGUGAUAUAUCCAUAAUUACAUAUGGACAUUUAUCUAAAACAUUUGAACGAUGUUUACUUAUUGUUAUGAGUAUUCUCAAUGAAUCAAAUAAUCGAUGUUUAAAAUCAAUGGUACAACAAUGGACAUAUGAUUGUUUUAUUCAUGGAGAUAUGAAUCGAAUAUUUGAUAUACUUCUUAUUAUGUUAUUACAUCCAGAUACAGCACGUAUAAGUGUACAAAGACUUCAUCCUAUAGGACAUAAAGAAUAUUUUCCUAAUCGACAACUAAAUUCUAUUGAUCAAUUAUCAAAUAAUUCAAAUUUUCAAGGACAAGAAAGUAAUAUUAGUAAUGAUACAGAUGAUACAAGUGUUGGUGAUAUUAAUGAAAUAACAUUUUCCGUAUCGAUUGAUGAUAGAAAUAAUGAUGAUUAUAUUGGAGAAGAUGAUGAUGAUGAAAAUUAUAAUGAUGAUGAUGAAAUUGAACAAGAAGAAAGUGAUGAUGAAAAACGAAUAAGUGGUAUAAGCUGCUCGGAUACAGGUGAAAUUGUCUAUCAUAUAAAACAAUCAUCUCCUCAACCAAUGAAAAUAAAUUCAACAAAACCUCCACCAACUUUAAGUCUUUCUCAACCAAGUCUUUCGAAUAGUCGAUCAGCAUCUCCAACAGCAUCAUCAAGAUCUGUUAAACGUCGUGCACCAACAAUGCCAACAGUCUUUAGUCGUAAUAAUAGUGGUAUUGAAACAGAUAGUACAAAAGGUAGUAAUAGUAAUAUUCAACGAAUGUAUACAUCACUUCAUGAAGAUACAACAAAUGAAAUUGAUUCUCUAACUGAUACUCAAUUAACAAAUUCAAGUAUAAUUUCAAGUUUAAAUAAUAAUAAUAAUAAUAGUAGUCGUCGUCCUCAUUCAGUUGGUCCUAUUCCACAUGCUGUUACUGUUGAUGGUAUAACUGAACAACCAAUAAGUCCAUUAAAAUCUUUAAAUGAAUCCGAUUCAUUACCAAUAAAUAAUAAUUCAACAAAAAAAAUUGAAUCAAUGGAUCGUUCACGUAAAAUUGAUUCACAUUUAGCUUAUAUUUUAUUGUAUACACAACCAUAUGAUUAUAAUCGUAUAACAUUUGCUUUGCAUACAAUUGAAACAUUAAUUGAUUUAAUCCCUCAACAAUUAAUUCAUGCAUUAUUACAAACAACAAAUAUACAAUUAUCACCAAUAAAUAUUCAUAAUAAACGUUUACAUGAACUAUCAUUAAGACAUCGUCAUGCUAUAGAAGGAAAAAAUUUUUAUUCAUCGAUUGAAAAUAUUAUAAAUACUCAACAUCAAUCAUAUUUAUAUACAUUAUUAAAUAUACUUUUAAUAUAUACACGUACAUAUUAUUCAAAAUCAUUUGAACAUCGUUUAAAUUCAUAUGAUUUACAAGGUAAUCGUAAAGUUCAUAUACGUUCAUUAACAUUAUUGAAACGUAUAUGUCGUGAUAUAUCAUCAAUAUGUAUGGAACAUAUACAAAUAAAUAUGGUAUUAAUUAAUUAUAUAAAUGAUUUAUUUCAAAAAAUAUCAUUUCAAAAGACAAUUUUACAUUUAUUUAAUACUAUUAUUGAAAAACUUAAUUCAAAACAACGUUUAAUUAAAAUAAAAACAUUAACAAAAAUUAUUUAUGAUUAUAAUAUUGAAUCAUAUUAUGAUGAAUUAACAAGACAAUAUUUAAGAGAAUUAGUACAAUUAUUAGAAGAAAUUAUUUUACUUGAAAAUAUUCUUCGUUAUUAUCAACAACGUCCUGAUAUAAAUCCUAAUCAAAAUAUAAUACAAACAUUUGCAUCGAAUAUUCUUUCAUCAGUAACAUCAAAUAGUUUACAAAUAACAACAAAUGAUUAUUCAAAUAUAUCAUUAUUUCAAUCUCGUAAUUAUUCUGAUAUUGAUUUUAUUAAUUUAAUAACAAAAACAAAUCAAAUUAAUUCAACAACUAAUCCAUUACGUUAUAUUGAUAAUCAACCAAUUGUUAAUCAGAGUCUUUUUCUUUCAUCAAUAUUACAAUAUUUAAAACAAAUUGAUUUUAUUGAAAAUCAUUGUCAUAUUAUUAGUUUAGUGGUACGAAUAUUACCACAUUGUGGUUCUUCAUUAAAAUCAAUAAGUAGUUUAGUUAUUGAACAAAUAUGUCGAAAUUUAUGUUUUGUUGUUCAAACUUACCAUCAACAACAACAAGGAAAUAAAAUUAGAUUCAAACAAUUAUCCUAUUUUGAUGUCUUUGAAUAUAUUAUUCAUUUAAUUCAACGUCUUUCCUAUAUAUGUAAUUAUUGUCUUCUUGGUAAUGCUGUUGAUAAUGGACAGUUUUCAAAUCAAACACUUAGUCCACAACAUUGGAUGAAAACAUUAACAAUUAAUGAACGUGACUUAUCUGAUGCACGUCAAUCAAUACUAAAUCAACUUCCGUCAAUACUUUCAAGUAUUAUAUUUAUAUGGAAAACAAUAUCUGAACAAUAUUUAUUUGAUAAUACAAAUGAUCAAAUUAUAUCCAACAUAGGACCAAUUCAUUCAUCAACAAAUAUUAUUUGGCCAUUACAUAGUGUUAAACAAAUUCGUCAGACAAUUCUUGAUUUUCUUUCAUCAUUAACGAAAUCCAAUGGUGUUUCAUUUCUCAAUGCUGUUGCACAAUGUUGGGGUGAACGUAAACGACCACAAAGAACACAACAAAAAUCUAGUACACAAUCAACAUUAGAUACAUCAUCACGUACAACAAUAUUAACAAUGCCACGUGAUAAUAUUGGUGAAUCACAAGCUUUAAUUGAUAUUGUUAUGAAUUUAAAUGGAUAUACAUUAAAUGAAAUGAUACCAAAUAUGAAUGAACUUAUACGUAAUCAAUUAACAGCAAGAGAUAAGAAAAAACAAAAUUAUGAUGUAUGGUGUCUUCAAUUUCUAUUAGCAUAUCUUCAACAACAAAAAAAUUUAUCUCUCGAUUGUUGGCCAACAUUAGCAUUUAUGUUUAAAGACUGUUUAUCACAAUCUAUCUCACCACCAGCUACAUUUUUAAUAAUACGAAUUUUAAGUUUUUAUAUAAAACAAUCACCAUCACUUGUCGAAAGAAGAGAUUUAAAAGAUCUACAAGAUAUAACAAUGAGAGUACUUGAUAAUUGUAAUACAAUAGUUGCUUCAUCACUUGAACAAACAACAUGGUUAAGAAAAAAUUUACAAGUACGCGUUGCACAACCUGAUAAUCAAUCAACUAAAAGUAGUUCAACUGGCAGUCAAACAACAUCGACAGGCCUUGGUUCAUCGCAUGAGACUGGGAAUAUUCCUGUUGAUGAUACUGCUGAUUUUGAUGCCCGUAAUGCAUUGUUGACAGUAGUUAAUAUGUUCGACAAAUUUUCAGCUAAAAUUGUACCGCAAACUGUUUUUAAUAUAGCUUUACGAGGUGUAACACAAGUUAAUAAUACAGGAGACCUUACAAACAAUGGAAAUUUUAGUUAUCUAGCAUUAUCAGUUCUUGCUGAACAUGCUGCAACAUUACUUGAUAUAGUUUAUAAUAGAACAGAUGAAAAAGAUCGUGUUGUAUUACCAUUUUUACAAAAUCUUGUAACAAAUGUUAUGCCAUAUGUACGUACACAUGUAUCAGCAAAUGCUCCAUCAUAUCGUUCAGCAUCAACUUUACUUAUGAAUAUAUCACAAUAUUCUUAUACACGAAAAGCAUGGAAAAAAGAAGCAUUUGAACAAUUAUUUGAUGUAGCAUUUUUUCAACUUGAUAUUAUUGCAUUACGUUCAUGGAAAAUAAUUGUUGAUAAUAUGAUAACGAAUGAACGACCGACAUCAUUUCGUGAUGUUAUGACAAAAAUUAAUACUGUACAAACUGGUUUAUUUGUAUCAAAAGAACAUGAAUAUGAACAACGUGCUAUGCUUGUUAAACGUUUUGCUUUUGUUAUAUAUGCAUCAGAAAAAGAUCAAUAUAAUCGACAAUUACCUGAAAUACUUGAACGUAUUGCUGAUUUACUUAAAUUACCACAAGUACCAAUAUUACAUACACAAAUGUUUCUAUUUUUACGCGUUCUUUUAUUGAGAAUAUCAACUAAAAAUUUAAUCUCAUUAUGGCCAAUACUUAUGACAGAACUUAUACAAGUUUUAUUACAACUUGAACAAGAUCUUAUAUCUGAUCUUGAUGGUGAAGUCAAAUCUCAUGUACAGCGAAUGGUAACCAAUGACUUAGCUACAACAAAUGUAUCAAAUACUUCAAAUGCUUCUAAUCCUGCACUAAAAAUGUAUUUAUAUGCGUGUAAAUUACUGGAUGUAUUAUUAGCCAUGCCCUAUUCAGAAUUAUAUCAUUUUCAACUCUUUCGUUCUGCAUUUGUUACUGAUGAAUAUAUAAAUGAUAGAAAAUCCCCUAUUGAUACAUUUAUUGCAUUUUCAAUACGUUUAUCAAAAUUACUUGAAAGAAAAUUACAAUUAAUGUCAACAUCGAUACAUGAACGUCUUCCAAUAAUAAAAAAUAUGAAUCGUCCAUUACUUCGUUUACGUACAAUAACAAAUAUAAUUGAAUUAUAUCCAUUUUUUAAUUGUCUAACACAAAUGCAUACAUAUGAUCAUCAUCAUUAUCAACAUUCAUUACCAACUCAUACAAAUAUAUCAAAUAAACAAAUAUCAUUACCUAAAAAGAAAGAAUCAUCUAAGAAGAAAAAUAAAUCUUUAAUACAUAUAUCAUCAUAUAGAAAAUCUGACUCAACAACAAUGAAUUCAAUAAAAGAAGAAACAAUGAGUGAAAUUGAAACAAGUGUACUUGAAGAUUUUGUUGAAUCAUGGAUAUAA